AUGAUUGUUAAACUUCGAUUACAUAUCAACUGUCUUUUGGAAGUAUCAAUGAAUAAUGAAACUCGCUGCAAUGGUUUUAGAUGUAAAAAUCUGGAAUGCAUUUUAAAUCGGUCAAAAUGUGAUGGUAAAAAGGACUGCUUAGAUGGUUCCGAUGAAGAGCUUUGUCCAGUUAUUGAUAAAAAUCGUUUUCCAGUUUGCAAAGGUGAUCGCUUCAAUUGCGGUGACGAGUUAUGUGUAUUCAAACAUGAAGUUUGCGAUGGUGUAAAAGACUGUCUUAAUGGCGCAGACGAAAUGAAUUGCAUUUUAAGGAAUUGUACUGCCGAAGAGUACCAAUGUCCAUCUUCCAAACGGUGCAUUCCAAGGUCUAAUAUCUGUGACGGAGAUGAAGACUGCACAGACGGAAGUGACGAAGAUAUCAAAAAUUGCACCAAAUUACAUAAUGUACAAACUUCUACAGCUACAAACACUAAAGAAUGUGAAGAGUUUUCCUGUAACUCAUCUCGUCAAUGUUUGCCGUGGUCAAAAGUUUGCGAUGGACGCCAAGAUUGCACUGAUGCUACAGACGAAUCUGGCUUGUGUUUAGUGUCUUGCUUAAAUAAUCAUGGCUGCAACCAAGCAUGUAGGAGAACUCCUGAAGGGUCUGUAUGUCUUUGUGAAAGUGGCUUUACCCUCAAUGCAGAUGGAAAAACAUGUGAGGAUAUAAAUGAAUGCACCAUACCUGGACACUGCAGCCAUUUCUGCAACAAUACAGUAGGUGGUUUCCACUGUACUUGCGCCGAGGGGUACUACUUAGAUGCUGAGAGCGGGAAAUGUAAAGCUGAUGGAGGACCAGGUAUACUUGUCUACAUGAUGCCGGAAGAAAUAUGGGGCAUCUAUCUUGAUACCUAUUCUCAGAAACCUUACGUUAAAGGUGAUUUGAACGAUUUGAGAGGAAUUGAUUUUGAUGUCGCUGAAGGAUUGUUGUUUUGGUCUUCAUAUGCGCAGGAAGCAAUAAAUGUGUACAAGUUUGACACGAAGCAGCAAGAUACACUAAUUAAAGAUCCUUUGAAAGUAACUCAUGUUAAGCGGGACUGGAUUACGAAGAACAUAUACUAUACUGAUGGUGAUGGGUCGAUCAAAGUGUGUGAGGAAAGUGGAAAGUUUUGUGCAACUUUACUAGCUAACGUAGUCUUGGAAAUCAACGGUUUUACCAUAUCGCCACCAAAUGCACUGAUGUUUUGGAGCGUUUGGAGCUCUACAAUUGAUGAUAGACAUGGUAUUGUUGAAAGAGCUGAGCUGGAUGGCAGUCAUCGUAUGGUUAUUGCAUCGAAUGGGACAAUGUACCCUUCCGCACUCACUGUUGAUGAAGUCUUAAAGCUCAUUUUUUGGACGGAUUUUAAAUUGAAUACUUUAUUUUUUUCUGAUUUCUAUGGCUUUAACAGAAAGGAAAUACUUAUUGGUGAAAUGAAUUAUCCUUACAGCAUGACCAUUUUUGAAGAUUUUGUGUAUUGGGCUGACUGGGGAACAGAUAGCUUUAUGCGUUGUGAGAAGUUAACUGGUAACAACUGUUUCCAAGUUCGGAAUGGAAAAGCCCGAGCUGAAUAUUUGACUAUGAUUCAUAAAGUAAAACAGCCACAAGGUGUAAACAGAUGUGCAAAAAAUAGCUGUCCACAGCUUUGUCUACCAACGCGAUCUAGUUACAAAUGCAAAUGCGGUGAUGAUCAUGGUUUAAAAAAUUCUUCCUGCGACACUUCAACCCUUCCAACUACACAGAAGACACACUUGGAUAUGCAGGAGCCUGUAAAUGACCCUGCAUUGUCCAAUAAUUGUAGAUGUGAAGUUGUGAAUGGAAAUUUGAGUUGCCGGUGUACUGAUGGCAUAGAUUUUACAGCAUAUGAGAUCAAACCGUCCUUAAAUAAUGCUUCUGAACAUAAUUAUGUUUUAGCCACCAUUAUCGCCUUUUUAGCAAUGUUUUUUGCUUUGGGAAUAGUAUGGCUGUCCAAAAAGAGAACUGCUAAUAGUGGCACAACGGAAGAAAACAACGACUUAGGAGCAUUUGAAGUAAUUACCUUAGAAAGUACUGGAGAGAAAGACAAAGAAUGUUUUGAGAAUUGUGAAAUCUGUUCUGAAAGUGGAGCAUUUUCUAAGAGUGUUCCUUCAUCUCGAGAACAUUAUCAUAAACUCCGUAGGAGUUCUUUAACAAGAUGA